AUGCUCUCUCCUUCCACUUCAAUAUUUCUUUUUAUCAUCACCACCGUCCAAAUUUCAUCUUACAUCUCUGCCCUACACGUGUCUCUUCUUCUCCAUCUCUCCGGCGAUAACAGUGCCUCUGGAUCUCCGCAUCUUAACCGGCUCGAUGAGUGCGGUGCUGUUCUGAAGAACAUCGGACUCGUCAUCGAUUUCGUUCGCCGCGAUGAGCUUCCCGUCGCUGGAAUCCGUUCUGAUAUCGGAUCUCCGGUAUCUCCAUGGAGACACCGUCGCUGGCUCCAUCGUUACUCUCUCUGAUUCAGAUUCUCUCUCGCAUUCGAACGAGUACGAUCUCUUCAGCUCCCGGAACCGAGAAAUCGCCGGUGAUGAUUGCUCUUCCACCGACGCUCUGA